CUGGUUUUUUUUCAUGUUUAUAUAAAAACUAAGCUUAUUAUAUAUUACAUAUACUAUUACUAAAUUUUUAGGGGAUAAAGUAAAUACAAGUUGUAAAAUUUAUUGUCAUUUCAUUGACUUUUCAAAUUAUUUUUACAGAUAUGGCUACUUCAAAGAUUACAUUCAUAAAAGACAUUGACCCAGUCAAUUCGGAUUUCACUAUCAAAGUCAAAGUAUUGAAGUUAUGGACGCUCAAUUCUAAAUUUAAUGAGAACGAAAAGUACUCCAUCGAAAUGAUUUUAUUGGAUGAACAGGGAUCUCUAAUUCAAGCUAAUGUUUUCCAAAACUUAUUUUAUAAGUUUGAAAAAAGUCUUCGUGAGGGAUCCGUUUAUGAAUUUACCACCCUAUCUGUUGCAAAACACAAUCCACAUCCCAAAUCUAUCAUCUUUUCUCAUCUUCCAAAUAAAAUAACCUUCAUAAGGGAAACAGAACUUAAGGAAAGUCUUAAUUUUCCGAAUUAUAUUUAUUAA